GUCUCGCGAGAAUUGGUGCGCGAGGAGGGAGAUCCAAGCAGAAGAGAGAGAAGGAAAGGCGAGCGGGAAGAGAAGCCAUGGCUGAGGCGGGAGGAAAUCUGAUGGAGGACACAGAGGGAAAUACCUUGGUCUUCUCUGUUUUGAAAUCAUUCAACGAAUUCAUAUCGCAGUCGGCGGAGCAAACAUCUUUGAUGACUCCACAGUUUCCUCAAGGCUCUCUGCAGACACAGUACCAGCAAAUGAUGAAACUGGAAGAGCAAGCUGGACAGAUCCAGUCAGGGACCCGGCUCUUGCAGGUGGAACGGGAGAAAAUGCAGAUGGAGUUGAGCCACAAACGGGCUCGAAUUGAACUCGAGAAGGAGGCUAAUACAAAUGCAAGGAAUUUUCAGCGGGAGUCUGACCAUAACCAAGACCUCAAAAAACGCAUCAAGAAUUAUCAGGACAGGGAGGCGGAGAUUGAAAAUAAGCUCCAGGAACAAAUUGAAAUCAACAAAACCUGUCAGAAGAACGCCGAGUCCUUGAAUAAGAAGCUGCAGGAUAAGGAGAACAAAUUGGCUGAAGCCAAUGAGACAAUCACUGUGCUGAAAGGGAAGAUAUCACAGUUGCAGUGGAACUUACUGGAUCAGGAGUUACAAAUGAAGAACUGUGAAUCGCAGAAGCAGGAACUGACUGAACAGCUGGAUGUACUACACAAAAAAUGGCAAGAAGCCAGUCAGCAAAUUCAGGCUCUACAAGCAAAGGAAGAGCAGGUGAUUGAGAUGGAGCAGAAAGUGAAGGAUCUGGAACAAAAGCUCUCAUUGCAAGAACAAGAUGCUAUAAUUGUGAAGAACAUGAAGACAGAGCUAGCCCAAUUUCCCAAAAUGGAGCGGGAGCUGCAGCAGCUUCGAGAGGAGAAUGCUUAUCUUAGAGAAAUGAAAGAAAAUAAUGGGUUGCUUAAAGAGGAAGUGGAGGGUCUCCAGAGGAAACUGGAGCGCUAUGAGAAGGUUCAGGCAGAAAUGGUGGCUUUGGAGUUGGAGAAGGAGAAACUCCAGAGAAGGCUGAAAACUUGGGAGAAACUGGACCAGAGCACUGGUUUAGAUAUCAAAAGCCCCGAUGAUCUCUCCAGCCACAUCGUUGCUCUUCAGCAACGGGAGCUUGUACUGAAAGAGCAAAACUCUGCCAUCUCCAGCAGUGCCAGGCUUUUGGAGAAAGCACGGAAGCAGCUCCAGGAGGAAUUACUGAAGGUUCAGAACCAGCUUCUGGAGGAGAAGAAAAAACGUGAGCAGCAUGAAGCCAUGGUCAAGUGCUUGCAGAGGCGUGAGCAUCUCCUCAUCAUGGCACGCGAUGGAAUGAGAGCAAUCCUGGAUUCCUACGACAACGAACUGAACCCAUCAGAGCUCUCUCCCCAGCUGACUUUCCGCGUUCGGGAGGCUGAGGAAAUGGUGCAAAGGGUAGAAGCGCACUGUGCUGAAAUAGAGGCCCAGUGGUCCCAGACUUUGGAGGAAGCAGGAAACCAGAAGAAAAGAGCAGACAUGUUGGAGGUAGAGCUGCAGAUGCUGAGGAGCCAGGUGCCCGCCACGGAUUCGAGUGCCUUUGUUGCCAGAGAGGAGGUGAAUGCGCUGAGAUUAAAGAUUGAGGAACUGGAAGCUGAAAGAAGGCGGUUAGAAGAGGAGAACCGGUCUCUGGAGAUGAAGCUGGAACAGAUAACCUUCCAGGGUUAUCACGAUCCCACGAAAACCAAAGUGCUCCACUUUGGUUUGAACCCAGCCAGUCUGGCCAAGCAACAGCGUCUUGAGGAGUGUCAACGGCUGAAGGAAGAAAAUGAACGCUUGAGACAGCUGGUUCUACAAGAAGGAGGCUCCAUCCCAGAAAACCUUGAGGCAGCUGCGCCUCUCCAGUUGACCCAAGAAAUUGCAGAACUCAAGAAGCAAGUGGAGAGUGCCGAACUGAAAAACCAGCGCUUAAAAGAAGUCUUUUCGACCAAGAUCCAGGAGUUCCGCAAGGUGUGCUACAAGCUGACUGGUUAUCAGAUUGACAUGACGACGGAUAACCAGUACCGGCUGACCUCGCUCUAUGCGGAGCACCAAGAGGAUUGCUUGAUCUUUAAGGCCUCCAGAUCCUCUGGAGCAAAGAUGCAGCUUUUGGAAACUGAGUUUUCUCGCACGGUCCGCGAGUUGAUUGACCUCCACCUGCUGCAGCAGGACAGCAUCCCCGCGUUCCUAAGCGCCGUCACCCUCGACCUCUUCAGCCGCCAAACCAUCACCUAACUGUGACCAGAACUCAAAUAGUAGUAACAUCUGAUGUUUUGUAGAGUCUAAGGCAGGCAUGGGCAAACUUGGGCCCUCCAGGUGUUUUGGACUUCAACUCCCACAAUUC